CGCGAUGACGUCAUUUCCGCUGGCUUAGACCGGGGAAAGUUGUUUCCUGAAGUUGACAUGGGACUAAUAGAUUCGUCCCUAACCCCGUGUUUCUACAAAUGACAUUAGCGGGUGGCGAGGGCGUUCGUUAGCCUCUUCCCCCGUCGCCAGAGCGCCUGAAGCCGGUCGGUUCUGAUGGAGCCGGCCGCCGACUCCGUCUCCUCCACGGACCACGACUCGGAGGUACGCCUCCAGGAGCAGCUGGCCGAGUGCCGGGCCCAGGCCGAGCACUGGCUGGGCGUGGCCACCAUCUGUGAACUCAGCAAACAGGAGGAACUCGCGGAACUCCAAAAGCAAUGCGACCAAGAAAUCCAGUCUCUGCAAGAGGCUCUACAAGAGACGGCCUCUCAGUAUGAAGCCAGGAUCGCCUGCCUGCAGUCGGAGCCAGCAGACUGGAGGAGAGGCAGCGGGCAGACCCAGAGUGGGCGGAGACACAGGUCCAAUGUGGGCGGGUCCAGGAGGGAGUCCCUGGAGGCGGGCGCCGAGGGCAGGGCGCUGACGGACAGCCCCAACAGCCUAUCGGCAGACCAGGACGGGGAAGGGGCGGGCCUUGGUGCAGAAGGCUACUUCUCCCAGCACUGCGACACGGCCUCCAUGUCCUCCUUCUCUCUGGACACGCCCUCUCUGGCCAGGAGACCGCCCCCUCAGGAAGACACCGCCUCCCUGGUUUCCACGGGAACCCUGGUGCCCGAGGCCAUCUACCUGCCGCCCGCCGGCCACCGAUUGGUCACACACAGCGACUGGGACGCGCUCAACACUCAGGUCUCUGAGCUGAGGGGGAAGCUGAGGAGGCUGGAGCAGGAGAAGGAGGAGCUGGAGGCGGAGCUGGACACACAGACCAACCACACGCACAAACAGGUGACGUUGCUCCAGUGUCAGGUCCACACGUCAGAGACCCUCCUCCAAGACCUCCAGAAAUCUGUCAGCCAAUCACAGAACGCCGUGCAGAGCCGCUUGGCGGAGCUGUCCUUAUCCCAGAGGCGCGUGUGUGGAGAGCUGUCCAGGCUGAAGGGAGAGGAGGUGGAGGAGGAGGAGGAACCAACCACCACACCUUUCCCCGGGACUCAACAGGGGGCGCACUCGGAGGAGCGGCUCCGCAUCGAGAUCGUGAACCUGAAGGAGCAGCUGGACACGCGCAGCGAGGAGAGCGAGCUGUUAGAAGUGCAGUUCUCCUCCCUGAAGACGGAGACUGAGCGCGUGCGGGCCCAGAGGGACCAGAGCCAGGCUGAGCUGGCGGCGGGCCGCACCGAGCUGGACGCCCUGCGGGUGGCGCUGUCCCACCUGCAGAGCACCAACAAGGCGCUGGGCCAGGAGAAGGCCGCCCUGCAGCAGCAGAGUCUGGAGUCUCGCGGUCAGGUGAUCAGCCUCCACGCCCAGCUGGACACCAGCCAGGCCGUCCAGAUGGACUUCGUCCAGCUGUCCCAGACGCUGCAGGUGAAGCUGGAGCUGAUCCGUCAGGCCGUGACCCUGGACCAGGCCCGGGAGAUCCUGGGGGAGGGCCCCCUCCCCGCGGACCCCCCCCCCACCACCGGGUCCACGUGAACCCCCUCAGCCCCCCCCCCACCUACCACAGACCACCAAGAAGACCCCCGGGGGACC